AUGGAGUCGCAGAUGCAAGUGCCGCGGGUGCAGCCGUACGUGGUGGUUGGAUCACAGUACUGCGCACCGUAUGAGACUGUUCUUGUAAUGAAGGACAAGAUGUUUUCCUUCCGAGACGCGAAGGAAGUGCGUGAUGCCAACAACAACCUUCAGUUCAGGAUCGCUGACAAGCUUCUUUCCAUGCGUGAUAAGACCACCAUCCAGAACGCCAUGGGCGAGCCUGUGUGCACCAUAGUCAGCAAGCUCAUCGGCAGCACCCCCAUGGUGUAUCUCAACAAGGUCGUUGAUGGCGCCCUGGCAACCAUCGCAGGGAAGCUCGAAAUCAUGGAGCCCUGCUGCAGCGUCAAGGACAGAAUCGCGUACAGCAUGAUCAACGACGCUGAGGAGCGAGGGGUGAUUGCUCCAGGCAAGAGCGUGCUGGUGGAGCCGACGUCGGGCAACACGGGCAUCGGCUUGGCGUUCAUAGCAGCGGCGAGGGGCUACAAGCUCGUCCUCACCAUGCCCGCCUCCAUGAGCCUCGAGCGCCGCGUGCUGCUCAAGGCCUUCGGGGCCGACCUCGUGCUGACGGACCCCGCCAAGGGCAUGAAGGGCGCUGUUGCUAAAGCUGAAGAGAUUGUGAAGGGCACUAAGAAUGCCUACAUGCUGCAGCAGUUUGAGAACCCUGCGAAUCCUAAGGUGCACUUUGAGACGACGGGGCCUGAGAUCUGGGAGGACACUAACGGGCAGGUGGACAUCCUUAUAGCGGGGAUAGGCACGGGCGGCACCGUCACUGGCGUGGGGCGCUACCUGCGCAGCAAGAAGCCUGGCGUCAAGAUCAUCGGCGUGGAGCCCAAGGAGAGCGCCAUUCUGUCCGGUGGCAAACCAGGUCCGCACAAGAUCCAGGGCAUUGGAGCCGGGUUUGUGCCGGGCAUUCUGGACGUGGGGCUGCUGGACGAAGUCAUUCCGGUCAGCAGUGAUGACUCGGUGGCCAUGGCCAAGGACCUUGCGGUCAAGGAGGGAUUGCUGGUGGGAAUCUCGUCAGGGGCAGCGGUGGUGGCGGCUCUUCAAGUGGCCAAGCGGCCUGAGAAUGCCGGCAAGCUUAUUGUUGUGGUGCUGCCCAGUUUUGGCGAGCGCUACCUGUCGUCAGUGCUCUUCUCUGCCCUGCGGACAGAGGCAGAGCAGAUGACACCCUCUGUCUGA